AACCCCUCCCUCCCGCUGGUCUCUCUCUCUCGUAUUCAUCCUGUCAAAUUAGUCGGUGAUUCUUUCUUCCUACGCCAAAAGGCCAAUAAUUUCCAACGACCUUCUUUAAUUAGGGUUCUGGGUAUUUGGAUUUGGUUCGCCUGGCGAAUUUUUCUAAUAGGUUGUUGGCGAUCUCUCUGAGUUUAUGAUCGAGCUACUGAGAUAUUAGGAUUUUUUACUUUCACUCUCACCGUUCUUUUGUCCUGGUUGAAUUCGCGAACAUGGCGAAUCUUUCGAGUUCAAUGAGGAAAACCCCACCAGGGAUCAUGCUGCUGAGAAGAAUGAGGGGAAGAAACUGGAGCCCCAAGACGUUUCGGUAUGCGGUGUUGUUGAUUACUUUCAUCGCAUAUGCCUGUUACCAUGCCUCUAGAAAACCAAGUAGCAUAGUGAAGAGCGUUCUGCACACCGAUCCCCCCAACACUAAUCCUUGGCCGCUGGGUAACGUGUUUGUGAAGAAAGAAACCGGAAACGAGGCCUUUGACGGGAGUCUGUCGUUGAGAUCCAAUGGUUGGGAUCCAUUUGAUAAAAAGGACGGUACCUCGAAAUUGGGGGAAAUCGACGUUGCGUUUCUGGCUUGUUACUCCUUGGGAAUGUACGUGGCUGGGCAUUUGGGCGACAGUUUGGAUCUGAGGCUGUUUCUGGCAUGGGGAAUGAUCGGCAGUGGGUUUUUCGUGGUGCUUUUUGGGAUGGGGUACUUCUGGAAUGUUCACGCAUUCUCGUUCUACCUCUUGAUGCAAAUGAUGGCGGGGCUCUUACAGGCGACCGGAUGGCCCUCGGUCGUUGCCGUGGUUGGAAAUUGGUUUGGGAAAAGGAAGAGAGGCUUGAUUAUGGGGAUUUGGAACGCUCACACGUCGGUUGGUAACAUUUCUGGAUCCCUGAUUGCUGCGGCCGUUCUGGAUUAUGGAUGGGGAUGGUCGUUUAUAGCGCCCGGUGUGGUGAUCGCCUUAGGAGGAGUGCUGGUUUACUUGUUCUUGGCCGCAUACCCAGAGGACGUUGGGUUUCCGGGUAUCAAUUCCAAUUCAGGUAAGUUUAUCAAGUCUUCGCCACCGCCGCCAAACGAAGAGGAAGGUGCUUCAGGGGAAAGUAGUAGUGAUGGUUUUGUUGAAGGCUCAGCCAGUAGGAGAAGCGUAGGGCUUUUCCAGGCUUGUCUGAUUCCGGGUGUUGUACCUUUUGCACUUUGUCUCUUCUUCUCCAAACUAGUCGCUUACACCUUCUUGUACUGGCUGCCGUUUUAUCUGAGCCAGACAGCCAUAGGAGGGGAGUACAUGUCAGUGAAAUCAGCUGGAAAUCUCUCAACUCUGUUUGACGUAGGAGGCAUUGUAGGAGGGAUACUUGCCGGUUACAUUUCUGACAAAUUCAAAGCCAGAGCCACCACCGCUGCUACGUUCAUGUACACUGCGAUCCCGGCUAUGCUCUUGUACCACACUUUUGGAAGCAUGUCCCAGAAUGUCAACAUUGUCCUAAUGAUGAUCGCCGGCUUGUUCGUCAAUGGGCCCUAUGCCCUCAUCACGACCGCAGUCUCAGCAGACCUCGGGACCCAUAAAUCCCUUCGUGGGGAUUCCAGGGCGCUUGCCACCGUGACCGCUAUCAUCGACGGCACAGGGUCGGUUGGAGCGGCUCUUGGUCCUCUCCUGACCGGAUUUCUUUCUACUUUGGGCUGGGACGCUGUGUUCGACAUGUUGGUGCUUGGAGCACUAAUUGCUGGGCUUCUCCUAACCCGUCUGGUCAUUGCUGAAAUUAGAGAGAAAAUCGGAUACAGCGAAGAAGUUCCUGUCUCAGAACCCCUUUUAAAUGGCGGAAGAGGAUGAUUCGAGGUUUUUGGCUGGACUUCCCAGAAGAGCUGCAGGGUUUGCUCCGAAUUUUGUGCUGUUGCAUAUAUGUAGAGAGGAACUUAACAGUCCCAAAGUAUCGUUGUGAGUCCAAAGUCACCUUGUGAAAGGAACAAAUGUUUCCCAUCGGGAGAAAGUUUUAUAUUUUGAGCUUUCUUA